AUGGAAAUCUCACCUUCUCCAUCGCCAUCAUUACUAUCAUUCGAAUCUGAGGAUAGUGAAACUAUGAGUAUUCAGUCAACGUUUGAUCUAGGGUUAGAAUCUGUUGCUACUACGAAUGAUAGAUCUUUGGUAUGGAAGUACUUUAAAAAACAUGGGUCUUCCGCCAGAUGUGACAUUUGUGGAUCAUCAUUGACAUAUUCAGAUGGUUCAACCUCUAAUCUCAGAAAGCAUCUUAAACGUCGCAAUCAUAUAAAUAAG